AUGGCUACUAUGGAGGAAAAGAAAACGCUUAUAACUCGUAAUUUACAAGAAGUAUUGGGCGAUGACAGGCUUACAGAAAUCUUGAAGCAAAGGGAUCUUAAAAUUUACUGGGGCACAGCAACAACUGGGAGACCCCAUGUCGCUUAUUUUGUUCCAAUGUCGAAGAUAGCAGACUUCUUAGUAGCUGGUUGUGAGGUGACUAUUUUAUUUGCGGAUUUACAUGCUUAUUUAGAUAAUAUGAAAGCACCAUGGGAUCUGUUGAAUCUCCGUGUACAAUACUAUGAAGCUGCCAUUAAAGCUAUGCUUCAAUCAAUUGGUGUACCACUGGAUAAAUUGAAGUUUGUUAAGGGCACUGAUUAUCAGCUUAGCAAAGAGUACACACUUGAUGUAUAUCGCAUGUCGUCUGUAGUCACAGACCACGAUGCCAGAAAGGCUGGAGCAGAAGUUGUAAAACAAGUUGAUCAUCCAUUACUCAGUGGUCUGUUAUACCCCGGCCUCCAAGCAUUAGAUGAAGAAUAUUUGAAAGUAGAUGCACAAUUUGGUGGAGUAGAUCAAAGGAAAAUAUUUACUAUGGCUGAAAAGUAUUUGCCUCAGUUAGGGUAUGCUAAAAGGGUACAUUUAAUGAAUCCUAUGGUUCCUGGUCUAACAGGAGGAAAAAUGUCUGCAUCUGAAGAAGAUAGCAAAAUUGAUUUAUUAGACAACCCAGCUAAUGUAAAGAAGAAGUUGAAAAAGGCUUUCUGUGAACCUGGUAAUAUUACUGAUAAUGGUGUUUUGUCAUUCACUAAAUAUGUUGUAUUUCCUUUGAUGAAGGGAGAUGAGACUUUCAAAAUUACUAGAGCACCAGAGCAUGGUGGUAAUGUUGAGUUUACCAAGUUUGAAGAUCUGGAAAGUGCCUAUGCUAAACAGGAAAUUCACCCAGGAGAUCUAAAGGCUAGUGUUGAGUUAGCUAUCAACAAACUUUUAGGUCCUAUUCAAGAAAUAUUCAAACAGCCUCAUCUCCAAGAGCUAGCCAAGAAGGCAUACCCACCUCCAGCUAAAUCUAAAGGAAAUGCACAGACAGCUGAUGAAAUAACACCUUCUAAACUUGAUAUUAGAGUGGGGCGCAUAGUUGAAGUUUCAAGACAUCCGGAUGCAGAUGCUCUCUACGUUGAAAAGAUAGAUUUAGGAGAGGAAGAACCUAGAACUGUUGUAUCAGGAUUGGUUAACUUUGUGCCUUUAGAAGAAAUGCAGAACCGAGAUGUAGUAGUUCUGUGUAACUUAAAACCUGCCAAAAUGCGAGGUAUUGAAUCUAAAGGAAUGGUGCUAUGUGCUUCUGUUGAUGAGCCUAAACAGGUUGAACCCCUGUUGGCCCCAGAGGGUAGCAAGCCAGGUGAUAGAGUGGUUAUAGAAGGGUAUGAAACAGGAGAACCUGAUGAUGUUUUGAAUCCCAAGAAAAAGGUAUGGGAAAAACUGCAAGUUGACCUAAAAACCAAUGACUCUCUUCUAGCAGUAUGGCAAGAUAAUAAAUUGAUUAGCAAAGUCAAUGGAAAUCCUGUUACUACUAAAUCAAUGAAGAAUGCUCCUAUUAAAUAG